CCCGCCGCCGCCUCUUCGUUUUCUCUUCUUCUUCUUCUUCUUCUUCUUCUUCUUCACCGCUCCCUCUCAUGGCUCUCCUAAUUCCCGAUUCCUAGGGUUAGGGUUUAUGGUUGGGCUUUCUCCGAGCUUGGAGAUGUGGAAUUAGGGUUAGGGUUUCAUCUCCUCCUACUCGUCGUCGACUCCUCUCCUCUUCGAUCGGAAUCGCCAUGCCGGAGUGCUCCCAGUAGCUGGGGUUUGGGUUAGGGUUACUCCAAUCUUGGAGUUGGAAUUAGGGUUAGGGUUGGGUUUUUUUUUUUUUUCUCUCACGGUCUCCUUCCUUUUCAGGGUUGCGACCUCGCCAUCGCCUCCUGCUAGUUUCAGGUACCUAGGGUUAAGGUUUACGCUAGCUGAGAGAGAUGGAAUUGGGGCUAGGGUUAGGGUUUCUUCUCGUCGUCGUCCUCCUCGGCUCGUUGCCUCUUCGAUCGGAGUCCUCAUGCCGUAAGGGUUGUGACCUCGCCAUUGGCUCCUACUACCUCACCCCGGGGCUCCAUCUCAACCUCACCUACGUCGGCUCCCUCUUUAGUCAGACCUACCAGGAGGUCUACCUCUACAACCGCAAUCUCUCCUCCCCCGACAGCGUCCCCGCCGGCUCCCGUGUUAAUGUCUCCUUCCCCUGCGAUUGCCUCGGCGGUGGCGCCUUCUUAGGCCAUGUUUUCACCUACCAGGUCGGCAAAGGCGACACCUACAGCUCCAUUGCCGCCACCGUGUAUGCCAACCUCACCACCGCCACCGCCCUCGCCGCUGCCAACUCCUACCCUGUUAACAAUGUCCCGCUCGGUGCGGAGAUCAAUGUGACCGUGAACUGCUCAUGUGGGGACGCCGACGUGUCGAGCAAUUAUGGGCUGUUUGUCACUUACCCGCUUCGCCCUGGGGACAGCUUGGCGUCGGUUGCGGCCGAGUACGGGCUCUCUUCUCAGCAGGAUCUGCUGGAGAGGUAUAAUCCUGGUGUUAAUUUCAGUGCAGGGACUGGGAUUGUCUUUGUGCCCACAGAAGAUCUAAAUGGAAGCUAUCUCCCGCUCCCACCAAGAAGUGGGCUUCGAGGAGGAGCCAUAGCUGGAAUAUCAGGUGCUGUAAUAGUUGUUCUGUUGCUAUCGGCCAUCUGUAUUUACUUUGGAGUUUAUAGAAGAAAGAAGGGGGGUAAAGUCUCGCUGCUUUCAUCAGCAUAUGGAAAUAAUUUAGUUGUACACGGCCAUGAUACAGUGCCGCCGAAUGGAAGUGUGGAGAUAACUCCUCAUGUUGGCAGUACAUCCCAGCUUGCUGCUUUUACUGCAGAUAAAUCAGUAGAGUUCAGUUACGAAGAGCUUGCGAGGGCUACAGAUGACUUCAAUUUAACCAAUAAAAUUGGUCAAGGUGGUUUUGGAGCAGUUUACUAUGCAGAGCUGAGAGGAGAGAAAGCUGCAAUCAAGAAAAUGGAUAUGAAGGCGUCUAGAGAAUUUUUUGCUGAAGUGAAAGUUUUGACCCAUGUUCAUCACUUAAAUUUGGUUCGAUUACUAGGUUACUGCGUCAAGGAUUCAUUAUUUCUUGUUUAUGAAUAUAUUGACAAUGGCAAUUUAAGCCAACACUUGCGUGGUUCAGGUAGGAAUCCACUGCAAUGGUCAGCGAGAGUGCAGAUUGCCCUUGACGCGGCGAGAGGUCUAGAAUAUAUCCAUGAACAUACAGUUCCAGCUUAUAUACAUCGCGAUAUCAAAUCUGCAAAUAUUUUGAUCGACAGUAAUUUCCGUGGAAAGGUUGCAGAUUUUGGGUUAACAAAACUUACUGAGGUUGGAAAUAUGCCUGUCCAAACGCGUCUUGUUGGAACUUUUGGUUACAUGCCUCCAGAGUAUGCACAAAUGGGCGAUGUUUCUCCCAAGGUUGAUGUCUAUGCCUUUGGUGUUGUCCUUUAUGAACUUAUAUCGGCUAAAGAAGCUAUACUCAGGACGGGUCCUGUUACUGACUCAAAAGGAUUGGUUGGUUUGUUCGAAGAUGCUCUGGGUCAACCUGAUCCAAUGGAACAUGUGAGGAAACUAGUCGAUCCGAGGCUCGGAGACAACUUCCCCCUCGACUCGGUCCAUAAGAUGGCCCUGCUUGCAAAGGCAUGUACUCAAGAGAACCCCCAACUACGACCGAGCAUGCAAGCCGUCGCCGUUGCACUGAUGAUACUUUCAUCUAAUACUGAAGAGUUGGUUUUCGACGGUCUCUAUGCGAAACAUCCUCUCAUCAACCUCAUGUCGGGAAGGUAGGUCUCUUGCCUCAAUUUGUUAGGUUACAUUUUAUCUAUACAUUUAUGUAAGCUAGUUAUGUAAUUGAGAUCCAUUGCAUGUUUUUACUACUUCCAGUUUCUGAUGGAUUGAGCAAUAUUUAUCAAUUGUAUGUAUUGUAAUGUAGAUGGUCGAGUCCUAAAAAUUUGAGCGGAAGAAAUAAAAGAAAUGUAUAUACUGCCAUUUCGUUGAACUGUGGAAGCCUUGUGAUUUGGAAAA